UACAAUACCAGAUUUAUCCUUAUUACAAUUUAUUUAGCAGACUAUAAUUUUAUACACAAAAAAAGUAUGAACAAGCGCAACAAAAAUAACUGUAAACUUGGGUUGGGAAGUCUUUGUUGAAAUCUUCAAACUCCUUGUCCCAUCUAGCAAGUAUAUAUAAGCCCCUUCACAAACCUCCAGCUUCACCCAAAGAAAUAUAACACUCCCCUACUAACUAACCUAAUAUAGCCAUGGCAAUAAUCUCCGAGGUCAAAGACGAAGGUGCGAAGCCUUCGGCUUCUUCAUCACCAGAACCUAAACCGACUUCGUUUGUUGCGAGCUUCAAUCCGUCGAAUGUUGUUGGGUUCUUGGAGAAGGUUUUCGAUUUCAUUGCGAAGGAGAGUGAUUUUCUCGGGAAAGAGAGCGUGGAUAAGGAGAUCGCGCUGAUUGCGAGAGUAGCUACGGACAAGUACUACAAGAAGAAGGCUGAAGAGAUGGAGAAAAAGAAGAAGAAAGAGGAAGAGAUCACGAAAAAAGCGGAGAAGGAGCCAACGGAGGCCGGUGGAAAAGAUAAACAGACCAACCCUAACUUGAGAGUUCCAAACAAAGGCAAUGGUCUUGAUCUGGAAAACUACUCUUGGACACAGACCAUACAAGAGGCCACUGUUAUCGUUCCCGUUCCACCUGGAACAAGAUCCAAGUCAGUUGAAUGUCAGAUGAAGAAGAGCCGCCUAAAAGUUGGACUCAGGGGCCAGCCUCCUAUUAUUGAUGGGGAGCUUUUCCAAGCUAUCAAGCCUGAUGAUUGUUACUGGAGCAUGGAGGAUAACGAUUCAAUCUCAAUCGUGUUAUCAAAGCAAAAACAAUUGGAGUGGUGGCAAUCAUUGGUUAAAGGAGAACCUGAAAUUGACACUCAGAAAGUUGAACCAGAGAGUAGCAGAAUUUCCGACUUAGAUCCAGAAACACGACUAACAGUGGAGAAGCUGAUGUUUGACCAGAGGCAGAAGGCAUUGGGGCUUCCAGCCAGUGAUGAGAUUCAGAAGCAGGCAAUGCUAAAGCAAUUCAUGGCCAUGAAUCCUACUAUGGACCUUUCAAACGCAAAGAUGAUGUAGAUGGGAGAGUAACCAACCACUCGUCCGUGGCCAAUCAUUAUCCAUAAAAGUAUUCCCCUAUUUUUGGAGACCGUAAUAGGAAUGAGGACUUAGUUUAUUUUCAAUUUUUGGGAAAUCAAUCUCCUUCUGUUAACUUAUUUAAUCUAUUUUAAGCUUUUAGCUGCUGUUAAACAAACUUUACAAUGCUAGCUCCUUUUAUCCCUAAAUAAUGUUUGAUUUUCUCAAACA